AUGAGGAGAGGGCAGGCCCGGGCCGACACCCGACAAGCCGGCACCUAGACGGCGGCACGACACUGGGCGGGAAUGAGGCGAGGGCAGGCCCGGGCCGACACCCGACAAGCCAGCACCUAGACGUCGGCACGACACUGGGCGGGAAUGAGGAGAGGGCAGGCCCGGGCCGACACCCGACAAGCCGGCACCUAGACGGCGGCACGACACUGGGCGGGAAUGAGGCGAGGGCAGGCCCGGGCCGACAGCCGACAAGCCGGCACCUAGACGGCGGCACGACACUGGGCGGGAAUGAGGCGAGGGCAGGCCCGGGCCGACACCCGACAAGCCGGCACCUAGACGGCGGCACGACACUGGGCGGGAAUGAGGCGAGGGCAGGCCCGGGCCGACACCCGACAAGCCAACCAACACCACAACAAAAGACAACGAAGCUGGCAAGAUUACCAGCCCCCAAAAGCCACAAACUAACGCCAUGUUCAGUCCUAGUGAUAAAUAUUAUGAUUGUUGGUCCAUAACAGAAACUAAAAGCUUGGUUGUUGUUGUUGUUGUUGUGCAGGAAAGCCAAGUGCUUUUUUUGACACGGAUGACCACAUUAUAGCGCACAAGUGUCAAAGUCAAGGCCCGGGGGCCAGAUGUGGCCCGCCACUUCAUUUUAUUUGGCCCUGGAAAGCCUGGAAAUAACAUGUAUCAAUAACUUUUCUUACUAAAUGUAUUCUUUCUUUCUAUUUUGGAGAAAAAAAUAUAUGUACUCCAUGUAAUCGCAAAUGUUGUGAACUUCAAUAUUGUCUAAUUAUGCAAAAAUAUAUUAAGCAACAUUCAAACCAUUUUUUAAAUAUAAAUAAAUACUAAUAAUUAUGAUUUGAAUUGAAUUGAAGUAUUUAUUUCAAACCUGCACAAUACAACAACACACUUUUUUUUUUUACAUUUUGGCAGAUUAUGCAAGGCUUGAAAAGGGGUUGGAUGAAGCAGAUGUUUAUAAUAUCCCAACCCCUUUCACUCACUCCACAUUUAACAUAAACAAUAUAAUACAAGAACAAUAAUAUACAAACAAAAACAAGAAAAGCUCCUGUACACUAACAAUACAAUAGUAACACUAACAGUACAAUAGUACCACUGUUACUAUGAGACAAGACGAGACAACACACACACACACACACACACACACACACACACACACACACACACACAUAUACACACACACACACACACACACACACACACCUCUCCCACCGCUCUGUGCUGAGGACAUCACUCUCUUUCCUCCUCGUACUUCUUCAGUACUUCUUUUUUAAACAGUCUUUUAAAUGUAAUCAUGUUGGAACAGCUUUUGAACUGGUCCCCUAAGUUGUUUAAAUGUAAUCAUGUUAGAACAGCUUUUGAACUGGUCCCCUAAGUUGUUUAAAUGUAAUCAUGUUAGAACAGCUUUUGAACUGGUCCCCUAAGUUGUUUAAAUGUAAUCAUGUUAGAACAGCUUUUGAACUGGUCCCCUAAGUUGUUUAAAUGUAAUCAUGUUGGAACAGCUUUUGAACUGGUCCCCUAAAUUGUUUAAAUGUAAUCAUGUUAGAACAGCUUUUGAACUGGUCCCCUAAGUUGUUUAAAUGUAAUCAUGUUAGAACAGCUUUUGAACUGGUGCCCUAAGUUGUUUAAAUAUAAUCAUGUUAGAACAGCUUUUGAACUGGUCCCCUAAGUUGUUUAAAUGUAAUCAUGUUAGAACAGCUUUUGAACUGGUCCCCUAAGUUGUUUAAAUGUAAUCAUGUUGGAACAGCUUUUGAACUGGUCCCCUAAAUUGUUUAAAUGUAAUCAUGUUAGAACAGCUUUUGAACUGGUCCCCUAAGUUGUUUAAAUGUAAUCAUGUUGGAACAGCUUUUGAACUGGUCCCCUAAAUUGUUUAAAUGUAAUCAUGUUAGAACAGCUUUUGAACUGGUCCCCUAAGUUGUUUAAAUGUAAUCAUGUUAGAACAGCUUUUGAACUGGUGCCCUAAGUUGUUUAAAUAUAAUCAUGUUAGAACAGCUUUUGAACUGGUCCCCUAAGUUGUUUAAAUGUAAUCAUGUUAGAACAGCUUUUGAACUGGUCCCCUAAGUUGUUUAAAUGUAAUCAUGUUAGAACAGCUUUUGAACUGGUCCCCUAAGUUGUUUAAAUGUAAUCAUGUUAGAACAGCUUUUGAACUGGUCCCCUAAGUUGUUUAAAUGUAAUCAUGUUAGAACAGCUUUUGAACUGGUCCCCUAAGUUGUUUAAAUGUAAUCAUGUUAGAACAGCUUUUGAACUGGUCCCCUAAGUUGUUUAAAUGUAAUCAUGUUAGAACAGCUUUUGAACUGGUCCCCUAAGUUGUUUAAAUGUAAUCAUGUUGGAACAGCUUUUGAACUGGUCCCCUAAAUUGUUUAAAUGUAAUCAUGUUAGAACAGCUUUUGAACUGGUCCCCUAAGUUGUUUAAAUGUAAUCAUGUUGGAACAGCUUUUGAACUGGUCCCCUAAAUUGUUUAAAUGUAAUCAUGUUAGAACAGCUUUUGAACUGGUCCCCUAAGUUGUUUAAAUGUAAUCAUGUUAGAACAGCUUUUGAACUGGUGCCCUAAGUUGUUUAAAUAUAAUCAUGUUAGAACAGCUUUUGAACUGGUCCCCUAAGUUGUUUAAAUGUAAUCAUGUUAGAACAGCUUUUGAACUGGUCCCCUAAGUUGUUUAAAUGUAAUCAUGUUAGAACAGCUUUUGAACUGGUCCCCUAAGUUGUUUAAAUGUAAUCAUGUUAGAACAGCUUUUGAACUGGUCCCCUAAGUUGUUUAAAUGUAAUCAUGUUAGAACAGCUUUUGAACUGGUCCCCUAAGUUGUUUAAAUGUAAUCAUGUUAGAACAGCUUUUGAACUGGUCCCCUAAGUUGUUUAAAUGUAAUCAUGUUAGAACAGCUUUUGAACUGGUGCCCUAAGUUGUUUAAAUGUAAUCAUGUUGGAACAGCUUUUGAACUGGUCCCCUAAGUUGUUUAAAUAUAAUCAUGUUAGAACAGCUUUUGAACUGGUCCCCUAAGUUGUUUAAAUGUAAUCAUGUUAGAACAGCUUUUGAACUGGUCCCCUAAGUUGUUUAAAUGUAAUCAUGUUGGAACAGCUUUUGAACUGGUCCCCUAAGUUGUUUAAAUAUAAUCAUGUUAGAACAGCUUUUGAACUGGUCCCCUAAGUUGUUUAAAUGUAAUCAUGUUGGAACAGCUUUUGAACUGGUCCCCUAAGUUGUUUAAAUGUAAUCAUGUUAGAACAGCUUUUGAACUGGUCCCCUAAGUUGUUCCACAGACUGACUCCACACACUGAAAUGCACAUUGAUUUUAAAGUUGUUCUAAAUUUAGGCAAAUAUAAUUUAUUGUUUCCUCUUGGACUGUAACUAUGGUGAGCAUCUCUAUCCUGGAAUAGGUUGUGUAUAUUGGAUGGUAGAGAGUUUCUAUCCUGGAAUAUGUUGUGUAUAUUGGAUGGUAGAGAGUUUCUAUCCUGGAGUAGGUUGUGUAUAUUGGAUGGUAGAGAGUUUCUAUCCUGGAGUAGGUUGUGUAUAUUGGAUGGUAGAGAGUUUCUAUCCUGGAAUAGGUUGUGUAUAUUGGAUGGUAGAGAGUUUCUAUCCUGGAAUAUGUUGUGUAUAUUGGAUGGUAGAGAGUUUCUAUCCUGGAGUAGGUUGUGUAUAUUGGAUGGUAGAGAGUUUCUAUCCUGGAAUAUGUUGUGUAUAUUGGAUGGUAGAGAGUUUCUAUCCUGGAAUAGGUUGUGUAUAUUGGAUGGUAGAGAGUUUCUAUCCUGGAAUAUGUUGUGUAUAUUGGAUGGUAGAGAAUUUCUAUCCUGGAAUAGGUUGUGUAUAUUGGAUGGUAGAGAGUUUCUAUCCUGGAAUAGGUUGUGUAUAUUGGAUGGUAGAGAGUUUCUAUCCUGGAGUAGGUUGUGUAUAUUGGAUGGUAGAGAGUUUCUAUCCUGGAGUAGGUUGUGUAUAUUGGAUGGUAGAGAGUUUCUAUCCUGGAAUAUGUUGUGUAUAUUGGAUGGUAGAGAGUUUCUAUCCUGGAAUAUGUUGUGUAUAUUGGAUGGUAGAGAGUUUCUAUCCUGGAAUAGGUUGUGUAUAUUGGAUGGUAGAGAGUUUCUAUCCUGGAAUAUGUUGUGUAUAUUGGAUGGUAGAGAGUUUCUAUCCUGGAAUAGGUUGUGUAUAUUGGAUGGUAGAGAGUUUCUAUCCUGGAGUAGGUUGUGUAUAUUGGAUGGUAGAGAGUUUCUAUCCUGGAAUAGGUUGUGUAUAUUGGAUGGUAGAGAGUUUGUAUCCUGGAGUAGGUUGUGUAUAUUGGAUGGUAGAGAGUUUCUAUCCUGGAAUAUGUUGUGUAUAUUGGAUGGUAGAGAGUUUCUAUCCUGGAGUAGGUUGUGUAUAUUGGAUGGUAGAGAGUUUCUAUCCUGGAAUAUGUUGUGUAUAUUGGAUGGUAGAGAGUUUCUAUCCUGGAAUAUGUUGUGUAUAUUGGAUGGUAGAGAAUUUCUAUCCUGGAAUAGGUUGUGUAUAUUGGAUGGUAGAGAGUUUCUAUCCUGGAAUAGGUUGUGUAUAUUGGAUGGUAGAGAGUUUCUAUCCUGGAAUAUGUUGUGUAUAUUGGAUGGUAGAGAGUUUCUAUCCUGGAAUAUGUUGUGUAUAUUGGAUGGUAGAGAGUUUCUAUCCUGGAAUAGGUUGUGUAUAUUGGAUGGUAGAGAGUUUCUAUCCUGGAAUAUGUUGUGUAUAUUGGAUGGUAGAGAAUUUCUAUCCUGGAAUAGGUUGUGUAUAUUGGAUGGUAGAGAGUUUCUAUCCUGGAAUAGGUUGUGUAUAUUGGAUGGUAGAGAGUUUCUAUCCUGGAGUAGGUUGUGUAUAUUGGAUGGUAGAGAGUUUCUAUCCUGGAGUAGGUUGUGUAUAUUGGAUGGUAGAGAGUUUCUAUCCUGGAAUAUGUUGUGUAUAUUGGAUGGUAGAGAGUUUCUAUCCUGGAAUAUGUUGUGUAUAUUGGAUGGUAGAGAGUUUCUAUCCUGGAGUAGGUUGUGUAUAUUGGAUGGUAGAGAGUUUCUAUCCUGGAAUAGGUUGUGUAUAUUGGAUGGUAGAGAGUUUCUAUCCUGGAAUAUGUUGUGUAUAUUGGAUGGUAGAGAGUUUCUAUCCUGGAAUAGGUUGUGUAUAUUGGAUGGUAGAGAGUUUCUAUCCUGGAGUAGGUUGUGUAUAUUGGAUGGUAGAGAGUUUCUAUCCUGGAGUAGGUUGUGUAUAUUGGAUGGUAGAGAGUUUCUAUCCUGGAAUAGGUUGUGUAUAUUGGAUGGUAGAGAGUUUGUAUCCUGGAGUAGGUUGUGUAUAUUGGAUGGUAGAGAGUUUCUAUCCUGGAAUAUGUUGUGUAUAUUGGAUGGUAGAGAGUUUCUAUCCUGGAGUAGGUUGUGUAUAUUGGAUGGUAGAGAGUUUCUAUCCUGGAAUAUGUUGUGUAUAUUGGAUGGUAGAGAGUUUCUAUCCUGGAAUAUGUUGUGUAUAUUGGAUGGUAGAGAAUUUCUAUCCUGGAAUAGGUUGUGUAUAUUGGAUGGUAGAGAGUUUCUAUCCUGGAAUAGGUUGUGUAUAUUGGAUGGUAGAGAGUUUAUAUCCUGGAAUAGGUUGUGUAUAUUGGAUGGUAGAGAGUUUCUAUCCUGGAAUAUGUUGUGUAUAUUGGAUGGUAGAGAGUUUCUAUCCUGGAAUAGGUUGUGUAUAUUGGAUGGUAGAGAGUUUCUAUCCUGGAAUAGGUUGUGUAUAUUGGAUGGUAGAGAGUUUCUAUCCUGGAAUAGGUUGUGUAUAUUGGAUGGUAGAGAGUUUCUAUCCUGGAAUAGGUUGUGUAUAUUGGAUGGUAGAGAGUUUCUAUCCUGGAAUAGGUUGUGUAUAUUGGAUGGUAGAGAGUUUCUAUCCUGGAAUAGGUUGUGUAUAUUGGAUGGUAGAGAGUUUCUAUCCUGGAAUAGGUUGUGUAUAUUGGAUGGUAGAGAGUUUCUAUCCUGGAAUAGGUUGUGUAUAUUGGAUGGUAGAGAGUUUUGGGAUGCCCUAAACAUCAUUUGAGCAGUUUUCAAGUUGAUGACAUGGUGCAGUUGAAGUUGCUUUAAGUCCAUGAAUAGUGUAUUUGUAUGAUGUGUGUAGUGAACAUUGGACACAAUCCUAAUGGCCUUUUUCUGCAGAGUGACUAAAGGCUGUAGAUGACAUUUAGAACAAUUUCCCCAGACUUCAACACAAUAGUUUAAAUACGACAUAAUAAAUGAAUGACAGCAGAGCAUUGGUGUUCAAUAAUGACAUCAUCUCCUCAUCAUUCCAACACAUUUAGCAACUUUUGUCCUCAGGUAACUUAUAUGAGGCUUCCAUGAUAUAUUUUCAUCUAUUACCACUCCUAAGAAUGAAUUUUGUUGAACGUAUUCUAUUGGUGUAUCAUCAAUAACAAUCCCGAUGGGUAUAUUACUUUUGCCUUUGCUAAAGAGUCUUCUUUAAAUUCAGAGACAAUUUGUUGGUAUUAAAGCAAGUUUUGAACUUGAUCAUCUCCUCAGUGACAGAGGCCAGAAGCUGCUUUCAAAGCAAGUGAUCCAUCAAAUUGUGCAAUGGAAAAGUAGCAAUAGAUUUCAUGGUCAAAUUGUGAAAUUUUUACAGCAUUUUUCUCCAAAUGAAAAAAACGGUACUUUUUUUUUUUUUUACGGUAAUUAACUGUGAUGCCGUUUUGGCAUUUACAGUAAUACACAAAAAAAUAUACACUUGUUGAUUUGUGGUAAAAAAACAAACAAAAAAAAAAAAAAAAACUGGCAGCUCAAGUGCAAAAAUGUUAUUGCAAAAUUGCAGUUUUUUAAUCCAUAGUAAAAAAAACAAAUGUAAAUUUUAUAGUAAUAUUCUGGCAAUUGAGCUUCCUUUUUUAACCAUAAAAACAGCAGUACUGUUUUUCCAUUUACAGUAAUACAAACUACAUUGUGAGGUGAAAUUAUUGCAACUUACCAUAUUUUUUUUACAUUUUAGUUGAAAAAAAUCUACUAAUAGAAUGCAGCAUUAAAAAAAUGGUGUAAUAUUGACUGUUCGAAAAGGCCCUCUGGGGCCAAACAUAACUGCCAUGUGGCCCUCAGGGAAAGCCACUUUGCCACCUGUGUUAUAGCGUAUUUGGUGAUAUUUGUUAGCAUCAAGAAAAUAUCCCUAAUAGUUUGAAUAAAAUAAAUGAAUAAAACUCUGGUAGGCUCAACAUCGUAAACUGAAUCUUGAUAUCGCGGGCAAACAUUGCUGAACAACAGGGACAUA